AUGAAGAGCAAAUAUUUAUUAUAUUCUAUUAUAGAUGUGAGCUAUACAACGGUACUUAUCGUCACAAAUACGCAUGGCACCCUUUAUUAUGCAUCGCUUGGGGCAAAUCCAGAAAUUUUGAUAGCUACGAUGACGAAAGAUUUCGCUCGUUUAAAGAAUUAUAUACUCCAACCGAUAGUAGGGAAGGCAAAUUCAGAAGUGUCAGAAACAAUAGAGAAAUUUAGGUUGAUGACGGAAGAUCCUAGAUUGAUUAAUCCUAUGCAUAAGCAGAUACCAUAUGAAUUCAUUUUUGGGACGGAAUUACAAAGAAAAGUUUGGAAUCAGCUUAUGAAUACUAAAGCACUGGAAACGGUAAGCUACUCGCAGUUAGCUUCUAAUUUGGGAAAGCCUAAGUCUACUAGAGUAGUGGGUGCUGCUUGUGGGGCGAAUAGGAUUGCUUUGUUCGUACCUUGCCAUCGUGCUGUAACAAAACUGGGUCAAAUUUCGGGUUAUCGCUGGGGAAUACCAUUGAAGAAGAGAUUACUUGAAUUAGAACUGAAACCAUUGACCAAAGAAUCAAGUUGA